GGCAGUUCUUCAGACACUUUUCACCUCAUUCUGCACCUGAACAAAGCUGCUACCACAACGUUAGCUUAAUUCUACCCACAACUGUUCAAAGCAAACACAAACCAUGGAGCGAUAUACGAAAGCGCUGGUCAGCGGUGCGGCCGUCAUCUACUUUGGCUACUGGUGCAUGACGCGCACAACACCAUCGCACGACGAGCUGCUCGGGCGACUGCCGGCGGAGGAGCGACGACGCUUGGCACGGAGCCAUGACGAUCGCCAAGCAAUCAAUCAGGAACUCAUGAACCAGAUCCAGAAGAACGCAGCAAGCACAAAGCCGGUGUGGCAGGUGGACAUUGAGCCAAGCUCCAUCCCAUUGCCGCCAACCCCGGCGCCAACCACGCCCGCUUCACCCGUCUCGCCAACAGUCAAGCCAACAGCUCCCAAGUGAUUGGCGAUUAUUAUUGUAUUGGUAAUGGUUGAGUUGUGCUGUACUUUUAGUUUUUUUUUUUUCGAAAAAACAAAAAAA